AAUCAGAUUUUGUACGCAAAGGUAUUUAUCAUCACCUUCGUCUCCCCUUCGUCGUGCCCUAAUGGAACCGCCAUUGCAGUUUUUGGUUGGGAGUUUGCGGCAUCUCUAUCCGUUUUGCUAGUUUUAGACGAAGGAAAUAACUGCUUUCACAAGUGGUCAAGGUUGGAAAUAUUAGGUUUUUACGCGCAAGUUGGGGAUUCAGUUUUGAUUUGGUUUUCUCCUCUUCUAAAAGCGGCCGAUUUGAAGUUUCUUUUCGUCAAACCCUUAAAAGCGAUAUUCUUAUAUUGACGCUUUGGUUUCUGUUCUGUGAUUCCGAAACGGAGGGUAUCGAGCAUUCGGUAUUUUAUUUAGGAUUCUGAAGAUCUCCGAGAAUAUUUGUUUGUCGGAGGUUUUUAAUUUGAUUUGAUGGGAGGAAGAGGGUCUAAAGAGGAGGUGAGGCGGAGUUUUAGAUCGGCUGAUUCUUUCCGUAGUCGCGGCUACGCUGAGGAGCAAUAUUCGACGCCGAGGUACGGAGGCGACGUGCCUGCGUAUCAGAAUUAUCCUACUUCGACUUCAAGCUAUGAUCCUCCUCAUGCAACAGGGUAUUCUCAGCCAUAUUCCGUUCCUCAGCCUCCUGCCACCCGGCAAACUCGGAAGUUGGAUCGGAGGUAUUCACAGAUAAGUGACAACUACAAUUCAUUGGAACAGGUUACUGAAGCUCUUGCUCGUGCAGGUCUUGAGUCUUCAAAUCUUAUUGUUGGUAUUGAUUUCACAAAGAGCAACGAGUGGACAGGUAAAUUUUCUUUCCACAAUCGCAGCUUGCAUCACAUUAGUGAUAUUCCAAAUCCCUAUGAACAUGCAAUUUCUAUCAUCGGACAAACAUUAUCAGCUUUUGAUGAGGACAACUUGAUUCCAUGCUAUGGAUUUGGCGAUGCUUCAACACACGAUCAGGAUGUUUUCAGUUUCUUUCCGGAUGAGAGGCCAUGCACUGGGUUUUCAGAGGCUUUGUCACGAUACAAAGAAAUUGUUCCGCAUUUGCGAUUGGCGGGUCCGACAUCUUUUGCACCAAUCAUCGAAAAGGCCAUGACUAUUGUUGAACAAAGUGGUGGGCAGUACCAUGUUUUAUUGAUCAUUGCUGAUGGGCAGGUAACCCGAAGUGUAGAUACCCAAUCUGGAUACUUGAGCUCACAGGAGCAGAAAACUGUUGAUUCUAUUGUUAAGGCCAGUGAAUUUCCACUAUCCAUUGUGUUGGUUGGAGUUGGGGAUGGCCCUUGGGAUAUGAUGAAGGAAUUUGAUGACAACAUUCCUGCCCGUUCCUUUGACAAUUUCCAGUUUGUAAAUUUUACUGAGAUCAUGUCCAAGAAUACGCAUCAAAAAAGAAAGGAGACGGAAUUUGCUCUUGCAGCAUUAAUGGAAAUACCUUCUCAAUAUAAAGCUACAAUUGAGCUUGGAAUCUUGGGUAAAUCAGCGAGGUCUCCUCAAAGAAUCGCCCUACCCCCACCUGAUGGAAGCCGUGCAGCAGCAGCCUUUGGCUCCAAAUCGUUUCAAUCUACCAGUUUUCAGAAGAGUUCAACGCCUUAUACUGGAUACGAUUCACCAACUAGCUAUGCUCCAUCUGCCUCAAGUGCUUCAUGGGAACAGGCUAGCUGUCCAAUAUGCCUCACGAACCCGAAAAAUCUGGCCUUCGGAUGUGGGCAUCAGACCUGCUAUGACUGCGGACAGUCCCUGUUAACCUGCCCAAUAUGCCGCAGCGAAAUCGUCACCAGAAUAAGGCUUUACUAAGCCUGGCUGAACAGAAGUUUCAUUGAAUAAAACGGCAAGGCAGCUGAUGCAAAGUCCCCUCAAAUUACUGUUUCUUUCAUUAAUUUCAAUUACUGAUUUGUUGGUUCAAAUUCGUUCAAGUAGUUGGACAAAAGUGUUAAAUGGUUCCUAGUUUGUUUAUCUGACAAAGGGAAUUUACGCUUCUUAACGCAGCUUUUUACUUGAAAAAUUAAUUUUUUUGUACUAAAAUGCCGCUUUUUAGAAAGUGGUCCCAAACAAAGUCUUAGUUCUCUGUUAUGCAUAUUGAUAUGUAGCUAUUCAUGUAUGUGUAACAGCAUUCUGUUCAUAUAUAACUCAUCCAUCUCAGCUUGCAUUUUAAUUCAUUUGGAACUAUUGUGAAUAUGAAGGCUUUCUUGUUUGAGAUCU